CUACGAAGUAGAGAAGCAGACCCUCACACUUUCUAUCCGUAAGGCAGAAAACGCGUCAAUCCAUUAUUAUUGUUGGAAAACAGGUUAAAUAAGCAAUAUAGAGAGCGAUCCAAAGUAAAGGAAAUGGCUACUGGGUUAAAGGAUAUGGUUGUCUCUCCCUUCUGUAUUAUGUUCUUGGUAUUGUUUGCAGCACCUGCAGCACGCACAGGGUGCCCUGAAGAAAACUGCCAUCGACAUGGACCACUCAUCCGUUUUCCAUUCCGUCUAAAAAAUAGCCACCCUGAUUGUGGCUAUCCCGGUUUUGAUCUAUCUUGCGCCAGCACUAACGAGACGGUGCUCGAGCUGCCAGAAUCAGUGAAGCUCUUCGUCUCGAAGAUUGAUUACAAAUCACAAAAGCUUCAUGCAUAUGACCCAAAUCGUUGCCUUCCAAAACAUCUUCAGCACCUUAAUUUAUCAGCUUCUCUAUUCCAGUUCGGAUACGAGUAUCUAGAAGACUUUACAGUAUUCAGUUGUUCCGCAGAAGAAUCUCGGAUGUGGUCGAGAUACGAUAUGUCCUGCGCAGAUAGUGAUCCUGACCGUCGUUUUAUUGUUCUCAACUCUCAUAGUUCAAUCAGCGACUCGCCGUCCUUGUUAUCUUGCGGCAAGCAGUAUAAUGUUUCUUUAGUCCCACAUCAAAUGCUCUAUUAUCCAAAGGGAGAUCUUAUUUUCAACUGGUCCACACCAAAUUGUACAAAGUGCGAAGCAGAAGGGAAGUUAUGCAAGUUGAAGCAUAGUGCUGAACCUGAAAUUGAGUGCUCAGAUAUCCCAAAACAGCACAGAGGUGCAACAAUGAGAAAGAAGAUCAUAGUUACAGGUACAGCCCUGGGUUCAUCUUUCCUAGGACUAGUUAUUGCGGUGAUCUACUAUGUUCAUAGAUCAGAUAAAGCCGAAAAGAACAAUCAAAAAAGAAUCAAAGAAUUUUUAGAGGAUUACAAAGCUCUCAAGCCCACAAGGUUUACUUAUGCUGAUAUUAAGAGAAUUACCAACCAAUUCAUGAACCUGCUGGGUGAAGGAGCUUAUGGAACGGUGUACAAAGGGAAGUUAUCCAAUGAAAUUCUAGUAGCUGUUAAAGUCCUCAAAAGUUCCAUAGGGAAUGGGGAAGAGUUUAUAAAUGAAGUAGGUACAAUGGGUAGAAUCCACCAUGUUAAUGUAGUUCGCUUGGUUGGUUUUUGUGCUGAUGGAUUUAGAAGAGCUCUAGUUUAUGAGUAUUUACCAAAAAAUUCACUUCAGAAAUUCAUCUCUUCAGCAGACAACAAAAAUAAUUUUCUUGGUUGGAAGAAGCUGCAAGCUAUUGCCCUUGGCAUAGCAAAAGGGAUUGAGUAUCUUCACCAGGGAUGCGACCAACGAAUCCUCCAUUUUGAUAUCAAACCACAUAACAUCCUUCUUGAUGACAACCUGAACCCGAAAAUCUCGGAUUUUGGCAUGGCUAAGUUGUGUUCCAAGGAUCAAAGUGCAGUUUCCAUGACAGCAGCUAGGGGCACCAUGGGAUAUAUAGCACCUGAAGUGUACUCCAGGAACUUUGGGAAUGUGUCCCAUAAGUCGGACGUUUACAGCUUUGGAGUAUUAGUGCUUGAAAUGGUUGGAGGGAGGAAGAACGUUGAAGUUGCAGCAGAGAAUGCUUGCCAGAUCUAUUUUCCAGAAUGGAUUUAUAAUCUCUUAGAGCGAGGAGAAGACCUGAGAAUCCAUAUUGAAGAGGAGGGAGAUGCAAAUAUUGCAAAGAAGCUUGCAAUUGUUGGGCUCUGGUGCAUUCAGUGGCAUCCAGUCCAGCGUCCUUCCAUGAAAGUAGUUGUUCAAAUGUUGGAAGGAGGAGAAAAUUUAACCAUUCCUCCUAAUCCCUUUGCCUCUACCUCUUCAGGUACCAAAAGAACAAAUGCAACAUUGCCUGGAAGACGCCCACCCCAGGAAUUAGACGUCAUCUCUGAAUUAGAAUGAGCGCACAACUUCUCUGCAGCAAAUUUUCUUCAUUUAUGCGAUUUCAUUAAUCCAGCAAAAGAUGAAAUUCCACUAUUUCAUUUGCAAAAUAUGAUGUGAUUGUUUGUACUUUUUGAGAGUGCCUUAUAAAUCUUUUAUUAGAAAAGA